AUGCGAUCCUUUUAUGUGAAUUUUGUUCUACUUUCAAUUUUCUUCAUUUCCGUCUGUGUCAUCGUCGAUUGUUCAACGUGUAAGCAAAAAAACCAUCAAAACAACGCAAAUGAUGUGAAUCGAACGAAAAGCUUCAAAAAUCUGAGUGGCAAUCCUCUCGAGGAAGCUGUUAUUGAUGAAAUAGCACAGCAAAGUAAAAUCAAUUUUCGAAUAGAUUUGCGACAUUUGGGGAUUUCGAGUAUUACAAAAAACAUGCUGAAGAAUAUUUCAAGCAUUCAAAGUAUUGAUUUUCAAAGUAAUGAAAUCACGGAAAUUGAGAAUGGGAGCUUCACGAUGAACGGAAAAUUGGAUAAGAUUGAUUUGAUGGAGAAUCAUUUGACAAAGAUAACGAAACAUAUUUUCAGUGGUAAUUUUCAUGAAUUACAGGAGAUUAACUUGUCCUUCAAUGCUAUCAGUGCUAUUGAGUCCGGAUCAUUUGACAGACUCGUCAAUUUAGUAUCGAUAGAUAUCUCGAGUAAUUGUAUUACGCAUUUACAUUCGGAUUUAUUUAAAAAGUGUAGUGACUUGAGACAAGUCUUUUUAAGCAGUAACAGGAUUAUAAAAAUAGGAUCACAUCUCUUUAACAUAAAGACAGAAUUAAAUAUAUUAGAUUUGUCAUUUAACAAUCUCGAAAUGAUACCUAAAUUUAAAAUUAAAAGUAUCAAACAUUUAGAUAUGUCACAUAAUAAUAUCACAGAAUUAGAUCUGAAUCAUGAGUCGUCUCAUGAGAGAAAAAAGUUGGCAAAUGUGGAAGAGCUCUCUGUUGCAUAUAAUGCCAUAACUAAAUGUGUGAAAAUAAGUGAAAUGAGAAAUGAUAUUGUACGCUUAGAUCUGAGUCAUAAUCAAAUUAAUGACAUGAAUGAUUUUCCCAUUUUGCUGAAUAUGGAAGUUUUGCAACUUUCGCAUAAUAAUCUAUCAAGUUUAAGUGUAUACAAAUUUAGGGAACGUUUUCCAUCAUUAAAAGCAUUAAAUAUAAGUGAGAAUAAAAUUGAUUGUGAAGAAUAUCAUGUCCUGCACAAUAGCUAUUCUCGAUUGGCCAUUUCUGUUGAUACACAUUUUGCUUAUCAAUGCAUAAAUAUCUCUGGCAGUAUCAAUAAUGAAAUGGAAGUAAUGAAUACACUUCAAUCGAACAGUCAUGAAAUUCUCAGACAAUUAAAACUCAAUCGAACUUUUCUCAUUGUUUUAACAUCAAUAUUUGCUGUUCUCAUCAUAAUUCCAAUAACUUUUUUGCUAUACUAUUAUCGGAGAUAUGAUACAGUAAAGUAUAUGAAGGGAGAGAAUUUGAUUGAACAAAUUGAGUUGUGA